AGUGCACUGUCUGGUGCUAGUCAGUGCGUGUAUGUGGACCUAUUUACUGUGGAGGAAAAUGCGCGGAAACACAGAAUAUUCACAAUUAUCCACUGAAUCAUAGCCGCGCCUAUGGAUGGAUAUAGCAUAUGGUCAUCUGUACAAAGGGAAAAGAAUCGUCUGGCUGCCUCGUCGGAUUGUUAGGGCUGACCGGAUCACUGUGACAAAGAGUGCGGGACAAAGAGAAUCUGCUUGAAGUCCACCGGUCUGAGACCACCUCGUAUUUUUCCCCCCCGCAACCGAACAGCCAGAAAUUAGCAGCAGCAGCCAUGUCCAGCCAGGAGUCUGAGUUGUACUCCAUCUCUCCGGAGAUGCCGGCCAUGUUUGAUGGCGUGAAGCUGGCGGCGGUGGCCACGGUGCUCUACAUCAUCGUGCGCUGCCUGAACCUCAAGAGCCCCACGGCCGCCCCAGACAUCACCUACCAGGACACCGCACUCAACCGCUUCCUGCUCAAGUCCUGCCCCAUCCUCACCAAAGAGUACAUUCCUCCGCUUCUGUGGGGCAAGAGUGGGCACCUGCAGACAGCGCUGUACGGCAAGCUGGGCAGGGUGAGCUCGCCGCACCCCCACGGCCUCAGGAAGUUCCUGCCUAUGGUGGACGGCGCCACCGCCACCUUCGACCUCUUCGAACCCGUGGUGAACCACCCCACAGGAGAUGACAUCACCAUGGUGAUCUGUCCGGGGAUCGGCAACCACAGCGAGAAGCACUACAUCCGCACGUUCGUGGACCACUCCCAGAAACAGGGCUACCGCUGUGCCGUGCUCAAUCACCUGGGAGCCCUCCCCAACAUAGAGCUCACCUCCCCGCGCAUGUUCACCUACGGGUGCACGUGGGAGUAUGCGGCGAUGGUGGGCUACAUCAAGAGGGCCUACCCCCAGACACGGCUCAUCGUGGUGGGCUUCAGCCUUGGGGGCAACAUCGUCUGCAAGUUCCUGGGGGAGAACCGCGCCAACCAGGAGCGCGUGCUGUGCUGUGUGAGCGUGUGCCAGGGCUACAGUGCACUCAGGGCACAGGAGACCUUCCUCCAGUGGGACCAGUGCAGGAGGUUCUACAACUUCCUCAUGGCCGACAACAUGAAGAAGAUCAUCCUCUCACACAGGGACAGUCUGUUUGGUCCUACCCAUGUGCUGGGUGCCAACAUUGGCCGUCUCUACACUGCCACCUCCCUCAUGCAGAUCGACGACACCAUCAUGAGGAAAUUCCAUGGACACAAUACCCUGAAGGAGUAUUACGAGAAGGAGAGCUGUGUGCACUAUAUUCACAAUGUGAACGUCCCACUGUUGCUGGUCAACUCUGCAGACGACCCUCUGGUGCACGACUCUCUGCUCACCAUUCCACGAACACUCGCAGAAAAGAAAGAGAAUGUGAUCUUUGCUCUGACAUUGCACGGGGGCCACCUGGGUUUCUUCGAGGGGGCGGUGCUCUUCCCCCAGCCCCUCACCUGGAUGGACAAGGUGAUAGUGGGCUACGCCAACGCCAUGUGCCAGUGGGAGAAGCAGAAGCCGCCGUGCCUAAGCAGUGCUGGGCACACCGCCGGCGCUGGCGCCGACACCACGCCAUGCCAGAAAGAAGGCACGCAACCCUAAAAAAAAGUGCAACCGGACCUCCUUAACCUUUUUGAAAUUUGAACUUUGAACUGCACCUAACUGAACCUAACUCAACCCACCUUAUCCUGUCCUGCCCACUACGCCACGUUUGCCCAUGUCUAAUCACACUGUGCUUCUAAGGCCCCAAGCCCCAUCUUUUUUUGACUGGGUGACUUUUUUCACCUCACUAUCCUCACUUCUCCCACCCUGAUCGUCCUCGCCUCGUUGUCCCUCAAAGUCACCUACAUCACCUUACACAUGUGAAAAAGCGUCCUGAGAAUUUUUUUUUCUCCUCGCUGCCUUUGUGCAAGUGGCAAUUAUUCAACACAGAGGAAUGAUGAGGGGGAAACGAAAAUGGUUAGUCAGUUAAUCUCGCUCUCUCCCUUUUUGAAAGUGUCUCUCCUCCACUUUGCCAAGGGAUAAGGAGACAGAGGUGGAGAUGGACAGAAAAAGAAGAGACGCACGAGAUGGUGUUGACCAAAAAAAUAACAAUGCUUGAAAAUCAAACCAACAAAAAAGGAAAAAGAAUUACCACACAAGUGACUUUUGUUGAUCUUGUUGGAGAUUAUGUCCCUGGAGGACCUUGCGCAGGACUUGCAGGCAUUGACGGACAUUUUGCUUAGCAGCGCAGGCCUCCGGGAGGCCAAAUGAAAGACUCACCAGGCAGAACUGACCACUGCUCACGUCGAGACUAUCAGCUCCACCUUGCUUCUCAGAACACCCCCCAACACACAAACACACACACACACACACACACACACACACACACACGCACACAUGCACACGUACACGUACACACACACACACACAUGCACACGUACACACACAAUCACCCUUCACACUGGACCCAUGGACCCAUGAGGACUAUAGGAAUGUGGUAGGCACCAACACCAUGUGCUUCUUCUAACAGAGGAGAGUGUGUUCAUUCGUAACUUGAGUGGUCAGUGUUUUCCCUCUCUCCUGUAUCUCGAGUUCCAUAGCUGUAGUUCCUCUGACCUACAGGGCUGAACUGGUCUGUGUGGACCUUCGAACAGCCCAGCAUCACAAACAGAAACACAGCUUGCCGCUUCUCUUUCACGAAAGUCCGAAAAGCCGAGAAAAAAACACCUUUCCACAUUGUGCUCCAGGGUCGUAAAGCGAUAUCUUUAUGACCAUGCCGAAAACCAUGUCAGACCAGCUGCCAACAAACAUUUUGUUUGAACCUUAGUAACACAUUCCUGCAGUUCACUAUAGCCUGGUCCAGUUUUUUUUUCUUAUAAAUCCAAAAAAAGCACUUUAAUUUUAUUUUUCUGCGAACUAACAGGCCCUCUUGAACAGAUUGGCUGUGUUUUCUUUUUUUCAUUAUUUGUUAAUAGUUUUAUUUUUUUCUAUAGGUUGAAUAGGAUUUAUUAGUUGAGACAAACCAGGAGAGAGCAGAUAGGUGUGGACAGACGUGAGAAAGAAAAGGGGUGAACAUUGGCCCAGGACCAGCAGUUGAAGGAACUGUCAUAGGAGAUCUAAUUGUCACAUGACAUCCAGAGUAAAUGGUACUCCAUAACGACGUUUAACAAAAUCAACGUCUUGUGUUCAUGGCCAUCUGUUGUUACCUCAUUUUCAGCUAUCAAAUUUCACCAUUUCCUGUCCAGAUUCCUAAUGGAUCAGAAAAGUCAGUGUUCCUAAAGCUGUAACUGUGUUCCUAAAGCUGUCCUUUGACAAGACGGUUACAUCAACUGCUGUUCUGAAGGUCAGUUUACGGUAGGCUAGAUUACUAUUGACCCAUUCAUCUCUCGUCUUCACCCUCCAGUAUGAAGCCAUCUCCUGAGGCCAAACCCAUAGUGGCCAAGCUCGCCACCACAGUGUCAUCCUCAUAGCUAGACUCACCAGUGUGCUAACCAGAGUUGUCGAUCGGACAGCACAGAGUUGUCGAGAGAGCACCGCUGUUUUUGAAGACAUGUCCAGAAACAUGGAGGACACCCAGUGACCUGUGAAGAUGGGGCAUAAAUCAGGUGGCUGCUGAAGAUCCAGGUCAUUGAUGUUACCCUGUGAGGCAUGUAGUGUAGCUUUUAGCAUACGAAAUGCGAUCUGAACAGACAUGUCCUGGGCCAGAAAUGGACCAUGGGCUUGUAGAGUAAAUGGUACCUUGGAGACUUGGGCCCCAUGACAGCUGGCUCGUGAGGCCUCUUCUUCCUCAAGCUUUGCUCGGUCAGGACCUUUGUUUUUGAAGAGGUGAACCUUCUUACGCAACAAAGAUAUGUGGGGUAUUUUUUCAGCUGGCAGUGUGAGAGUCCAUGUUGUCCCGUGUCUGUUUUGUUGUUUUUGUCACGUACCGUAAAGAAUGGCACUGAAAAGCAUGGGUGUCUGGUGUGAGAAGAUGUGUAGAUGUGUAAGCAUGCAGCGAUCAUCUCUGGUUCUGACAUGGUUCUUUUGUUUGUCUUCAUUGUUUAUGUUUUGUUUUUUUGUGGUCCUCUCUUCACACUUCACAGUGUUUGGUGCCUGCAGGCAUUGGUUAUGAGCUGUAGGUCAUUGAUGCAGUGAAGUCAGUAGUAUGUACUAGAUAGGGUGGCUUGUGUCUUCCAAAUGAAGUUUAAAAUGACUUCAUAUGGUGGCAGUGGCGGUACUAGUCUUUAGUAGGAGGUCUCUAGGCCAGUGCAUCCUGUGCGCAGCAGGCUUGUUGCAGCAUGUCAGAUAGGAUUAGACUGGGGUUAAUAACCAUGUAAUCCUUAUUCCUUAAUACUCUGAAUGGCUCUCGAACAAAUAUGAGCUGAGGUGGGCUUGUCUGAUAGAUUGUCAUGAACCAAAAAUUAUAUUUCAGUUUUCAUGGCGCCUGAGGAAGAGCGAAGCCAGUGACUUUUCUCUCUCUCUCUGGACCUUGUCGGCCAAGGCUGGAAGGCAUGUAAAAGCUAACUCGCACUGUAGGAGUUGCCAUGCAGCAUAUAUAGGGAUACAAUGGCUCCCCCCUCUGCCAGUUGUUGGUCAUAGCUUGUAGUGAGAGUUUGCUUCCCUCUUAUCUCUGUGGAAUGGAGCUGACUAGGGACCCAUUGGAUUAUACCAGAUGCUAAAGCUGUUCCCAGACCAGCUAGUACAGCAUCUGAGCUGGUUUCUACUCUAGAGAAACUGGGAACCAAAGCACUCUUCUGUGGAUGGCCUUGGUUCAUACCAUCAUGCAAGCCUCUGAUGAGUAAUCAAAAGUAACUAAAAAAUUAUCACUGUUUGCUAGAAAAACACAAGUUUCUCUUGCAUUUACUUAUUGUCAGAUAGUAAGCGUCGGCUGGUUCGACAUUAGAUUAAGAGAACUGGCCCCCGCCACAGUUCUGUCAGUCUGAGACGCCAAUAGAGUUCACCCACACACAAAACACCAAACGCAAGCACUCUCAUAGGCCCUACAGAGGGCGAUAGACAUCCAUCUUUUACCUCCAGUGGGUUCUGUUAUCUACUAGACCUCCAGCUCACCAGCGUCAUACCCACACAGACCCAGCUGCAGAACUAUGUGAAUGAGGUUUUUUUUCAUCUGUUGGAAUGAAUGUCUCCCCUAACUUUGCACAGCAGAUGCUGGCGAGUCAUACCUCCUCAAAUCCCUUUAUUUCCAAAGUUUAUUAUUUUCUCCUGUUCAUUUUGUUUCACAUUGGGUUUUUUGUAUUUUAUACUGUUGUAAUUAUUAUUAUUAUUAUUAUUAACAUUAUUAUUGUUGUGUCAUAUUAUUUCGCCAGUGUAAGUGUUAAGUGGGAGAGUGUGCUUGUUUUUGAAUGGUCACUGUUGUGUGUUCACAUCAUAUCACCAUUGCAGGUUAUAUACCAAAUUACACAAACACCCACUUUUAAAAAUUAUGGAAAAAGGAGAAGGGGGGGGCUGUAUUAUAAAUUUGAAAAGACUAUGUGAAGUUAUAUAUAUAUGCACAUAUGUGUAAAUGUAUUUAGAAUAUAUUUAUGAUAACAAUAUUGGGACCAGGGGCAAUCAUACAGAAUUAUGGGAAAGCAAUAAUGUGCAAUACUCUUCUCAUGCUCAAUGCCAAAACAAGACAAUGAUAAAUAGAGUUGAGAAUUGAGACACCACAGGAACAUGACGAUAAGGUAUAAAAAAAGAAAAAAAGUUAAUCUCCAUAGUGACACCCCAGCCUCCACUUCACACUCAAGUACACAAACACAAGGCUGAAUAUUGCACCACACCCAGUAGUAGUAAUGAAAUGAAAUGCUUCUCUCAAUAUAUUUUUUCCGAAACCUAUUGGUUAGCCUAAUGGCACCACACAUGAUUACAUCCCAAAGUAUGACUGAAGACUCGUCUGUUGGCUACUGUGGAAGAGUGUUACAGUGUCGCUUCAACUGUAAUAGAUGAUGUUGAUAUUCUGGUGUACAUUGGACCCUGCACAGCGUAGUAUAGAAUGCUGUACCUCCUUGGAAAGGCUUUUGCGGUCUGACUCUGUGCUCUUGGGUCUGCAGUGCCACCUCCCUGUUGCACACUGAACACUAACUGUCAGCAGUAGGCUAUCUUCCAAUGAAGACUUCCAUUCUUUAGCCAUCUUAAAAUUGGUCUCAAAAAUCUAUAGGAAACCGUCAAAACCUGCAGCCAUGUUUGUGCUCUGAAAGAAACACUAUGUUGACAACCCUAUCGUGUUCCUGCGUGUGAU